UUGUGGUUUUGGUGGAUAAUAAAACGUGGUAAAUCUUUUAAUAUAAUACUACAUCGAAAAGCAUGUGGUUGAAGACGCUUAGUGCUGUUGCGAUUCAGGCAGAGUCUCGAACACAGAAUACCUUGCAAAAAUUAUGUCGAACAUUUGCAACUCAGCUGAAUGAGCCGCAAGGACCAAUUGUCAAGACUGAAGUACCCGGCCCUAAAUCGAAAGCCUUGUUGCAGAAACUAAACUCAUUGCAGAAUGCGGGUUCGGUGCAGCUGUUUGCCGACUAUGACCGGUCUGUCGGCAACUAUCUGCAGGAUGUCGAUGGAAACGUACUGCUGGACAUAUAUAUGCAAAUUUCUUCCAUGCCGUUAGGAUACAAUCAUGGAAAACUGCUAGAAGUAUUUCAGAAUGAUCAUAACCUUAAGACUCUCAUCAAUCGCCCCGCGUUAGGAGUUUUCCCAGCAGAAGAAUGGCCGACCAAACUGCAAAGUGUGCUGAUGUCAGUAGCCCCAACUGGCGUCGAUCACGUCACUACAAUGAUGUGCGGUUCGUGUUCGAAUGAAAAUGCUUUUAAGAAUAUUUUUAUCUGGUAUCAAGCUAAGCAGCGCGGGGAUGUAAAAACAUUUUCGGAAAAGGAAAUCCAAUCUUGUAUGAUCAAUCAAGUUCCCGGUGCUCCGAAGCUCAGCAUUCUGAGCUUCUACGGAGCUUUCCAUGGCCGUACGCUGGGUUGCUUGUCGACCACCCACUCGAAGUAUAUACAUAAGAUUGAUAUUCCGUCGUUCGACUGGCCGAUCGCUCCUUUCCCCAAGUAUCGAUAUCCUCUAGAGGAGAACGUGCGUGAAAAUGCUCAAGAAGACGCUCGUUGCUUGGCGGAAGUGGAACAACUAAUUGAAAACUAUGCAAAGAAAGGAAUUCCAGUUGCUGGUAUAAUUGUCGAACCCAUUCAAAGUGAAGGAGGAGAUAAUGAAGCUUCGCCUGAGUUCUUCCAGAAUUUGCAGAAACUAGCCAAAAAGCAUGGAAGUGCUUUGUUGAUGGAUGAGGUGCAAACUGGUGGUGGACCGACCGGUAAGUUAUGGUGCCAUGAGUAUUUCAAUUUGGAAAGUCCCCCGGAUGUGGUGACCUUCAGCAAAAAAAUGCAACUGGGUGGGUACUAUCAUGGAUCUCACAUGAAACCGGCUCAACCGUACCGUGUGUUCAACACAUGGAUGGGUGACCCAAGUAAAUUGCUACUGUUGGAAUCGAUUCUCAAAGUCAUCAAGCAGGAUUCGUUAUUAGAAAAUGUUAAUAAAAGUGGUGCUAAACUGAAGCAAGGGUUGAUCCAGGCUCAGAACGCUUAUCCGCAACUGCUCAACUCUGCCAGAGGUAGAGGAACAUUUUUGGCUAUCAAUUGUGCUAGUACAAAACUGCGAGAUGAUAUUGUAGCAGCUUUAAAGCAGAAAGGCAUACUUUCUGGAGGAUGCGGAGAAAUCGGGAUCCGCUUUAGACCUGCGCUCGUGUUCCAGGAGAAACACGUCGACAUAUUCCUCGAUAAAUUUAACCAGGUAUUGAAGGAGCUUAAAUAA